AUGGGUUCGAUUUCGACUUCGACUUGCCGUUUUUUCUUCUUCUUCUCCGUCGUCGUCUCUGCUAAUUUUGCGAUAUCGAGUGCAUUCAUUGGUACGUAUGGAGUAAAUUACGGGAGAAUAGCCGACAACAUUCCGCGUCCGGAAAGCGUAGUCACGCUUAUGAAGGCAGCUAAGAUCAUGAACACCCGAAUCUUUGAUGCGGAUCACGAAGUUCUCAAGGCGUUUAAAGGCUCCGGCAUCGAGAUAACAAUCGGGCUCGGGAAUGAGUUCUUGAAAGACAUAAGUGUGAAUGAAGACCGAGCCAUGGAUUGGGUGAAAGAAAAUGUCGAGCCGUUUGUACCGGGGACCCGCAUCGUCGGUGUUGCGGUCGGCAACGAGGUCUUAGGUAACGCGAAUCAAGAACUCUGGGAGGUCUUGGUUCCGGCUGUGAAAAAUGUCCAUAACGCCCUUGUCCGGCUUCGUUUAGCCGAUAAAGUUGAGGUCUCGAGCCCACACUCAGCUGCAGUUUUUGCAACCUCGUACCCUCCAUCAGCUGGCGCAUUCAAGGAGUCUUUCAUGCCCUACAUGAAACCACUGCUCGAAUUCUUCUCGCAAAUUAAAUCGCCUUUCUAUAUAAACACUUACCCUUUUCUUGCAUACAUUAGUGAUCCUGAACACAUUGAUCUAAACUAUGCCCUCUUUAAGAAGAAUCCCGGAAUCUAUGAUGAGAAAACUAAACUCCAUUAUGACAACAUGUUCGAGGCUCAAAUCGAUGCAUCCUAUGCUGCCUUGGAGAAAGCCGGAUUCGAGAAAAUGGAAGUCAUAGUAUCGGAAACCGGCUGGGCUUCAAAUGGAGACCCAAAUGAAGCAGCUGCUACGGUUACCAAUGCUCGGACUUACAAUAUGAACCUACGUAAAAGGCUGCUAAAAAAAAAGGGCACCCCUUACAGACCAAAGAUGGUGGUUAAGGCAUAUGUUUUUGCUAUGUUCAACGAGAACCUAAAGCCUGGACCGACUUCCGAGAGGAAUUUUGGCCUAUUCAAAGCAGACGGGAGUGUUUCUUACAGUAUCGGGUUCACAGGGCUUGUACCUUCUUCAGCAAUAUCCGCCAUCAACUUCAAAGGCAUUUGGUCUAUGCAAUUGAUGUAUGUGAUAUCUGCUGCGGCUCUGGUGCUGAUUAUAUCUUCAUGACAACUCUUAACGGUUCGGGCGUCUGAAGAAUCCUUUGAAUCAGGCACCACCAUGUUAAGUUUGUAGAAAAAUUAUUUGGGAUUAAGAAACAUUGGUGUACACUAUGGUAGUCUUCCAUGAAUAC